CUUGUGUCGACUUGUGUCAUUAAAUGGAAAGCACCCAUAUUCAAAGGGUUUUCUAACCUAACCUAACCUGAAUAAUCUUCAAAUUUUAGUGUCCAUAUAACCGUAAAUUAUGUAGUGUAGGCUGAGAACACACUAAACACCUGCCGAAAAAAUCUUUAAAUUUUAAUUAUAGCAGAAAGUUGCAAGUGUCGUGUAUCCAUCGACGGAUGUGAGACGUUAAACUUUAAACUCAUAAAAAAUUUUAACUAUAUUUUGCUUCACUGGGCAGAACACUUUUCUGCAAGAUUUGUUUCAUGCAAAAACGCAUUGAAUAAACAUAAUUUCAUCGAUUUUGAUUUUAGAGGAAUAUAUUGUCACAAGUGUGAGAAAGAUGCUACCAACAAUAUCGAAAGACUCGGAAAUUAAAGAUGGAGAGAGCAAGAGUUUAAUUAAAAUUGUAGAACGACCAACGUUCAUAUUGAAGACUAGAGAAGGAGAAAAUAGAGCUAUUUCUCCGAGUCAACGUAAUGGCCACAAAAAGGAUAUUGAUAUGUCUUCGACGACGUCGGUGAAAGUACAAGAUAUUCACGUAACUCGGGCGCUUUCCAUGUGUCCUGAAAUGAGUUCGUGCGUGAAAUUCAUGGAUGAAAAUAUGCAAUUAUGUGAGAAUUCAAUGGAUUUCCUAUACGAUCAACAAGACUUUUUAGUUGUCGGAUGUCUGGGCGCGCAGGGUGUCGGUAAAUCAACGAUCAUGUCACUGCUAACUUCACUUUACUCGUCCAAUAUUUUUCAAGUUCAAGAUUUGCCGCAUUAUGAAAGCGGUACAAAUUGCACCACAGGUAUAGAUUUCUUUAUAACUAAAAAUAGAGUGAUAUAUUUGGACACGCAACCAAUUUUUUCCGGAUUUGCGAUCGACGCUGCAUCCUUUGAUCAAAAGAAGAGUGCAUCUGAUUUUGCGAAUAGCGAUUCUAAUUUGGAAUUACAAUCGCUCCAGUUUGCGGCAUUUUUAUUUUCAGUGUGCCACGUUAUUAUAUUUGUACAGGAUUGGUUCGUCGAUCCUAAUUUAGUGAGAUUUUUACAAACUGCAGAAAUGUUAAAACCAUCCUCGACAACUGUAAUAGAUCAAGAUUAUGUGGAACAUUAUCCGCAUAUUGUAUUUUUGCAUAAUAAAGCAGAAUUAAAGGAUUUUAUGCCUGUUGUUAUUGAAGAAAUGAAGAUUAUUUUCGACGUAAUAUGCCGAUUUAACAAUAUACUGAUCCAUUUUGUGCCAUUAUACAUCUUGGAUAACUGGAUUCAGGUCUCCGAGCAUAACUACCCGUUUCCACAUAUCUGUUGUACACUCAUUGUACAGUUGUACGAGGAACGUUAAAAAAAUUUGAUUCUGACAUUCAAGUUGUACAAAAGUUGAACGUCGGAGAGAAACGUUUUUUGGUGACGUUCACGUUGUACAAAGGUUGAGCGAAGUUGUUUCGAUACUCAGCUCAAUUUCGCAACAAUAUUAUUAUAUUUUGCAACAGUCGCACAGUUUGUAGCGUUGAUUAUGAAUGGAAGGAGUUAACGUUAUGUAUCAAACUUGUUUAUAAAUUGCUGAUUUUAAAUGAAAAAGUUGUUUUUGUAAUAUUUUCUUCAAAACAAUGUAGCUCUGUUAAAAAAAAAUCAUAGAAAAAUGUUCCAAAAACAGAUCUGUUAGUAAAUAAAUGAGUAUAAAAAUUCAUACAUUUGUUGUGAGCGAAACACUCACAACCAAUAAAAUUAUAUUAUAAAAUAUUAAAAUUAUCAUAUAGCUCGCCGAUUGCGCGCGGGAAUAACCAUAUAUGGUCGUGCGGAGGGCCCGAUGCCCCCACUAAUAAUCAAAUCCGCGACACUAUUUAAGCUGCUGCCAAACAGCGGCCAGCGGGAUCAGUGAUAAGCAAUCAAGCCGAUACGUACGGCCCGCACGAGUUCGGGACUCAGCCGCAAGCAAACCUCGAGCGAGCGAAGAGACGACGCACUAAUUCCGAGUCACGCGCCGUAUCUAAUCAAGUGUAACCCGACGUGGCACCUUCGCCGACCGCCGCUAUUGUACAUUAUAAACUGAAUAAACCUUUUUAUUAAAUUCACUUAAAA